AAAUAUAUCCGAAAGGAUCUCUCGGAAUUACGGAUGCGGGUUCAUAAGCUCCCUCCGAAAAGCUCAGUGAGCAAAACGAGCAAUGGGGGAGACCUUCGUCCAAAUCCAAAUCCCGCAACAAAAGCUUUAUAACGGAAUUCAAUUCCCUUCCGUUGUGUCUCCGCGGAGCCCCACUACCUCCUCUUCUCUAUCUCUUCUCACGCAAUCCAUCCAAAUCCACAAGCAAUUCCUGGAAUCGUUGCUUCUUGAAUCGGGUGCCGUAGUUCUCAGGGGAUUCCGAUUGACGACAGCCUCCGAUUUCAAUGACGUUGUCGAAGCAUUUGGAUAUGAGGAGCUUCCGUACGUGGGUGGCGCUGCUCCUCGGACUAACGUUGUAGGUCGGGUUUUCACCGCUAACGAAUCCCCACCCGACCAGAAAAUUCCUUUCCACCAUGAAAUGGCUCAGGUACCUGAAUUCCCUUCCAAGUUGUUUUUCUUCUGUGAAGUGGAGCCUGUGAGUGGAGGUGAAACUCCAAUUGUUCUUAGCCAUAUUGUGUAUGAUAAAAUGAGAGAGAGGCACCCAGAAUUUGUUGAACAACUAGAGAAGCAUGGUUUGAUGUACAUAAGGGUUUUAGGGGAAGGAGACAAUCCUUCAUCUCCAAUUGGGCGAGGGUGGAAAUCCACCUUCUUGACCGAAGACAAAACCGUAGCUGAAGAAAGGGCUGCUAAACUGGGUAUGAAGUUGGAAUGGUUGGAAGACGGAGGAGUGAGAACAAUCAUGGGUCCAGUCCCAGGUAUAAAACUUGACAAAGCAAGACAACGCAAGAUUUGGUUUAAUAGCAUGGUGGCUGCAUACACAGGCUGGGAAGAUGAACGAAAUGAUCCUGUUAAGGCCGUGACCUUCGGAGAUGGCCAGCCAUUACCAGGUGAUGUGGUCCAUGAUUGUCUCAGAAUCUUGGAGGAGGAAUCUGUGGCCAUUCCUUGGCAAAAAGGUGAUGUUCUGUUGCUGGAUAAUUGGGCUGUUCUUCAUUCCCGAAGAUCAUUUACACCACCUCGCAGGGUUCUAGCUUCGCUUGUCAAGUAGUCUCGAAGCGUUUUGAGAUUUGGGUUGGCUGCGUCACUCAUAGAGAGAUAUAUACUCGACUCGUUAGCAACACCACAACAUUGGUCUUCCAUAUACUAUGCUUAGUUGGUGGAAAAAUAUUGAGGGGAAUAGAAAUUAGAGCAAAGCUAGAUGUAAUAUACUUUUAUAUAAUUCAUACCUAUGCUUGGUGGUUUAUGAGAAAAGUCGAUUCAUUUUUAUAUGUAAAGGAAAAUUGAGGAAAUGAUAAUAUUCUUCAUCGUUGCAAAA